AUGCCAGGAAGGAGUCAUACCACGCUUGGUGAUGCUGUGGUCCGGAGUUUAUUAAAAGGAGGCCAUAAUGUGACGUAUAUCACAACGUUUACACAAUUAGGAAGCGAAAACCUGACAGUAAUCAAUGUUAAUCCUCCAGGGGAUGCCUAUAACCAAGAUGGUGACAGACCUCGAUUGUCAGAACUACUUCGAAGUACAUUACCCUCACACCACGAGCUGACGAUAGGUGCCAAGUAUGCAGUCCGAGCACUCAGGCACGAGAAAGUUCAGCUCCUAAUGAGAAUGAAGACGGUAACUUUCGACGUGGUGGUGGCUGAGUGGUUCUAUAGCGGGCUGUUAGCUCCGUUAGCCGAAGUCUUCGAGUGUCCUCUUAUCUGGUACAGCCCAGUAGAUGCUACCUGGAUGAAUCUGCAACUGGUGCAUGAGUCUCCCAACCCAGCGUACGCGGCGGACCUGCAAGCCAGCAACAAAGCAUCUGAGAUACCCAGUGUCACCGAGAGGGCCCAAAGGAUUUGGAAGCAGAUGUAUUUGACAGCAUACCAGUACUACAUGACGCAUUACGUAGAAACUCCCCUAUACUACGAGCAGUAUCAGCUCGCGAUCCAGCUCCGCGGGCGCUCGCCGCCUUUAUACGACGAUCUUAUCUACUCCGGCGCCAUGAUGCUCAUCAAUUCACAGCCAACCCUCGGACAAAACUUGCCGCUGCCCAACAACGCUAAGUAUAUUGGAGUACAUCACGUAGGAAAUGCUGAACCCUUGACAAAGGAAUUGCAAGACAUAUUGAAAAAUUCAAAAGAUGGAGUUAUUUAUGUGAACUUUGGUUCAACCAUCACUGAGGAGCUUCCUGAUGAGAUGCUAGAACAACUGAUAAAAGUAUUUCGCCACGUGGAUCUAGAUAUCAUUUGGAAGUAUGGAGACAAGUUGGAACGUGUGCCAGCCAAUGUGCAUAUAGUAGAGUGGGUACCACAGCAGGCUUUAUUGAAGCAUCCAAAAGUAAAAAUGACGAUCAGCCACGCUGCCUACCUCACUUACAUAGAAGCCAUGUUCUACGGGGUUCCCCUCAUCGGUAUACCGGUGUUUGGUGACCAACUGUUAACGAUGGACGUUGCUAUUGCCAGAGGUCGAGGCAUCAAAGUACACUACACUGAGAAAUUGGCGUUUAGACUGAAAGAAGCUAUUAAUGAAGUUCUUGGAAAUAUCACAUACAAAACCAACGCCAAAGAAGUGUCAUCCAUAUUGCAUCGACCAUUGGUACCGCCGAGCCAAGAGUUGAGGUACUGGGUGGAGCUGGUGAUGUCAACUGGAGGAGCAACCCAUCUCCGGUCUCCUGCACUGCAGUUAAACAUGAUAGAAAGAUAUCACAUAGACGUAGCUGGUUUGAUCUUCCUUACGUACUGGUUCCUCACGAAGGUCGCCAAGUUGGUGAAGGUCUAUUGGGAUGACUUUGGAACUGAUACUGGCACGGAGGAGAGAGAGAAGAUUGAAUAG